CAGAAUGUAUUGUUGUUUUACCAAAAUGCAUAUAUUUAAAGGAUUUGUGUUAAUUUUACAUUUAAACAAUUAGUAACACGUGUGAGACAAUUAGCCACGCGUCAUUGGUGGAUUUGAGUAUUGUGUACAUUAACUUGGCAUCACUACGCUACAUUGUGUAUUAUUGUGGUGUAUUUAUAAAAUAAAAAUAAAAAGCUAACGAUAGCUAUCUUUUUAGGCUUAACAGCAUGACUGUGCUAAAUUAGCCACAUACGCAUCGGUUAAUGCUUCAAUCACGCAACUAGUUAGUGCAAAUGCAACGGGAAUAGAAAUAACAGGAAAAAAAAAAACAAUGGAAUAGGAUUGCGACCAACAUUACAUUUCAUGUUUAAUUUCCUGGACAAAUAUACAAACAAGCAAGGACUAGCAUCAGCCAUGGAGGUGACGCGCAUCGCUUGUUGAAACGAGGAUUUCUGGGAAUGUCGGAGACGAAUUUGGGGGGGCCACUGUUUGGGGAGGCCCCUGACAUUCUAGCCAGAGUGGACAAGGAUUCCAAGGUGAGCAAGAAGCGGAGGACAGGUUCCAUCAGCCGAGCCUUCAGCUGGCUGAAAGGGAAGAAGAAGAAAAGAAGCAGCACCAGCAGCGCAGGGUCCGGAGGAGGGAGUAAGAAAGGAGGGCACCCCAAGAGCAAAGAGCAGCGCGGAGACUCGGCCAACCAAGCAAUUUCCAAGCCCGACGAUGACAGUCAGCUGACUGUGCACUACAAGGCAGUCCAGCACUACCAGGAGAAUGUGUUCCUCCCAGGAAACCGGCCACAGUACCUGGAGGAUCUGCACAGCGAGGCCCAGGAGGGGCUCAAGUCCCUGCAGCAGCAAGAAAACCAGAGUGGGAAUGGAUUGGAUCACGGUGACGAUCAGAGCGUCAAAUCUUCCAGGACCUUGCAGCCAGAAGAUGAAGGCAUGUUCCGAGACAGGGCCAGGUCCGUGGCUUCAGAAAGCACUCGGGCAGACACAAUGUCACUGCGAUCAGAGCUGGUGCGGACAGGCUCAACUUUCAAACCACCCCAGACCACCAAGAACAGACCAGCAAAAGAGAAGAGAAGCAGAAGAACGACAAUCAUGGGAAUACCGCAACACGUCCAGAAAGAACUGGGGAUAGAGAAAGGCAGGGACAGCAAGAGGCACAAAGCACACAAGAAAGCAGAUGUUGCAGAUCCUGCCCAGCUUGUUAACGGAGCGGAGGACGUUGUGGUUGUGCCUACCAUAGACGGAGAGGUCCAGCAGAAACAUCACAAGGGAGCCAGGGUCCACCUUCAGGCCAUUGAAGCCAUGCACCUGUCAAAGGAAGAGAAAACCGAUCGGAUGCUGAAGCAUCACAUCCGGACUGUUUAUAAGGACGACUCCGUCUUGGAUCAUAGCGUUGCCCCCAGGGUAUCUCCGAUGCAAAGACCCAAGUCGCUGGCUGUUCCAGGAAUGACCACACACAGCUACAACGAACCACACAGUCCUGUGAUGUCCAUGUCGCCCCAGGCCACAUACUUGUCCAAGAUCAUCCCCAAUGCCAUACUGCCUUCUUCUGUGGAGGUCAUCGAGAUUAGCCGGAGCAAGAGCAGGAACAGCGUUCGCACAGUGAGCAAAAGCAGCCUGGUAUCCGCCAGCCCGGGUUCGACCCGCUCCAGCCUCCGCUUUUACAACUUCAACAACAGCGAUCUGUCCUCCUCCUCCAGCUCCAACUGGAGCCACUCCCAGUCUUCAGAGACCAUCGUGUCCAACAGCUCAACCCUCUCCUCUGGAGGGACCAAGACUCCAAAUGGAGAAGAUAAAGUGUCGCACGAAGGGAAGGAAGUCCACAGGCUGGCUCCUGAUAAGAUGAGCAUCAACAGCUGGAUGAGUGCUUCAUCGGGGAUGCCCCAGAACGCCAACGGUUUCAUGAUGGUGAAGCAAAGGGGUGAUGGGAGAAACGCGUCUCCCGCACCCAGCACGAGUAGCACGGUGGAGGGAUCGGACACCAUGAGCAUCCAGAGCGACAUGUCCUUCAGCAGGAACUUAUCAGUCACAAAGAUGAAGAGGCCACCAGCUCCUCCAAGGAGAACCUACUCCCUGCACCACAAGAACAAACAGAGGGAUCUGCAGGGCAAGGCAGUCACAGAGUCUCAGGAAAACCAGUCCCCAAUCAGCGAAACUAGCAGCGUCCGCUCGGACAGGCUAGCCUACUCUGCUGACUACAGUUCCCCGGAUGUACCUCGGUGUUCAGCGGCCGCAAGCCCACUGACAGCUGUGCAGAUGGAGGCUAGAGAGGCCGUGCUGAAGGAGCAGCAGGCCUCCAGUGACGUCUCGCCCCAGAAACUUCCCUUCCCGGGGAACAAAUUUGAGAGGACCAUGUCGCCAUCCAGUGGUUACUCCAGCCAAAGUGGCACCCCGACUUUCUCGCCCAAAGGGGAGAUCAGUUACCCUUCCUCGGCAGGAAGGAAGAAAGCCCAGCCGGUGAAACCGGAGAGGUCCUGUUCUCGCUCUUCUCCGGCUGCGUCCAUCUCUUCUUCACGGACGUCUUUGUCAUCUUCAGUGUCGGAGCCUGUUCAGCACGAGACUCUGCUCGCAGUUUCUCCACUGGCCCAACCACCUGCUAACCCCCUGCCUACGAAGCUAAAACCUGCCUCACCAGUACCCCGGGUGAGUGAAUCAGUACCUCCAGCCCUUGCUGCCGUCGAAUACGAUGAGGUGUUUGUCAUACCACCACCCCCGAAAGUACAUGCACCUUCCCCUCCUCCCCCGGAAACAUGGAUGCUUAAUAAACGCACCUUUGAUUCACUGCGCUCUUCCACUAGUCAGCUCGCUACCUCCGGGGACGACCAACAGCAGCUGAAGAAAGAGCCUGCCCCAGCACAGAAGGAGGAGACCCACCCUGUGCUGAAGACGGUGGAGCCGCCAGUGCAGACGGAGACACUGAUUGUCAAAAAGGAGGUGCCACCAGUAUUCAAGAAGGGGUUCAAACCAAUACAGCAUGAAACUCAACCUAUAGUCAAAAAGGAGGUGCCACCAGUAUUCAAAAAAGAGUAUAAACCAGCAUGCGUGGAUUCUCUGUUUAUAAUCAAAAAAGAGGUCCUGCCAGUAUUCAAGAAGCAGACUCCACCUGUGAUAAAGAAGGAGGUGCCACCAGAACAGACGGAAACUCACCCAAUACUCAAAAAGGAGACACCGCCUGUAGUCAAGAAAGAGCCUCCACCAGUGCAGAAGAAGGAGACUCUGCCUGUUGUCAAGAAGGAGACUCCCCCUAUUGUCCAAAAGGAGACUCCACCAGUCUUCAAGAAGGAAACUCUGCCAAUAGUCAAGAGUGAGACUCCACCUCUAAUCAAAAAGGAGGUUCCACCAGUGUUUAAAGAAACAAUACCAGUGCAGGAGAUCCCACUAGUGGUGAAAAAGGAGAGUCCACCUGUAAUCAAGAGAGAGAUUCAACCUGAAGUCAAAGAGGAUGUUCAUCCAGUCCUCAAGAACGAGACUCCACCAGUGCAGAGGAAAGAGGUGCUGCCAGAACAAAACAUAGUGCAGGAUGUGGAGCCGAUACCAGCUGUGCAGGCAUCACCUUCACCUCCUCCUUCUCCUCCACCUGCCCACCUCCCUCCUCCUCCACCCACCAAGAAGACCCCUUCAGAGUCUUCAGCUUCAUCUCCCCCACCCCUUCCGGAUCCUGAAGUCUGCCAGGUUUUGCCGGCAGCAGAACCUUUGUGGCCUCCUCCACCUCCUUCUCUGGAGGAGCCUGUGCUCUUCUUCACUUCCCAGGAAGAGUCUGACUUUUCCUUCCCACCACCGCCGCCUCCUGUGGAUCACAUCUCCCAGACAUCAAUAGAAACUUUGUCAACGGUGGAGCUACCAGCGAAAUCAGCAGGUUCAGAAGUGGUCCCGACCCCACCUCCGGAGAACUCGUCUGAAUCCACAGCCAUUUUAGUGACUGCAGUAGAGUCUUCUGAAACCACAAAACCAACAUUCCUACUACAAAGAGCUCAAGAGAUUCCAGCUGCUCCUCCUUUGCCGACGUCCAAUGACAAACCCAAAGAGCCUGUUGCAACAUCUGGGAGUCCGUCUUUGUCCAUCACAGCACAACCCACUCCGCAAAAGCCACCGGAAGCCCCCUGCCCUCCUCCUGCACCACCCCUUGUGAACAUCAAAAGGCAACAGAGCCUGAUAAACCAGGAGGUUAAGGCUAAAGAGCCACUCUCCAGGACCAAAAGCACACCUGCCCCCAAAGAAGAAGCCAGCAUUCCCUUGGUCACACCUUCCCUCCUCCAGAUGGUACGGCUCAGAUCCGUGAACGUUGGCAGCUACCAGCCAGAUGAACAGCCCAAGAGUCCAGUUGAGGAAAAUAAGCCAAGUCCGGUGAACGGAAUCACCGUAAGUCAGACCGUGCCGCAGAAACCUGUCCGCAAAUCUCUGUCAUUCAAAUCUUCACCUGGAACAUCAUCAGCUUUGCCUUCGAUGAAGCUUCAGGAGGCCAUCCGCAUGAAGACUGCGGCCAUGUCCUCCAAGGACAUGCCCCCGCAUAGCCUAUCGAGACCAAAUCUACGUGCAUCCUUCACUCCCACAUCCCCUCCUAGCAGUGAUGAGCAUGGGCAGACUUCUCUCAGGACUCCAGAAGAGGGUGGCGUGCUUAAAUCUCCAGCUUCCACUGCCAGCUUCAUCUUCUCCAGGAGCUCUAAGAAAGUUGUCAUUGAAACCUCGGUAUCCCCGGAGGCUCAGACGGAUCUCAAGAGGAACCUGGUAGCUGAGCUGAUGUCCACGUCUCAGAAGAAAACAGGCAAGGUUCCACCGCCUGUGGCCAAAAAGCCAACGCACAUUCCAAGCAGCCCGUCGUCACAGGGAGCACCGCUGAGUCCUUUGAUGAAGAUGGCAGGCCCAUUGAAUGAGCAGCAUGCUGCUUCCCCCACGCAAGGAGAGCAAAGAGGGUCCGAGAGUAGCGUGGCAGCAGACUCCACACCUGCUCCAACGGGGCCGGCAGGGACUGUGCAACUGGCGGGCCAGCAAGCACAACCAAAGGAGGGCAUUGCAUUAAAAAAAGGCAAUCAUGAAGCUGGAGUCACAGAGCGGUAACUUCAUGAAAGACAAAUCCAGCUUUUAUUAUUGGACUGACUAAUCGGAAAUCGGUAGUAUUCUCUCAGGAACCUGGGCAGGUCAAAGGUCAAGAGAGAGAGCGAGAGAGCGAUUUGGAGCUACUCAAAGGGAGAACACUCUUAAACUAUUGUAAGCCUUAGCCUCUUAAUGGCCUUGAUAUUUAUGCAAAAAAAUGGUGUUGGUCUUUAAUUUCUAUAAUGUAAUAGCUUUAUUUUGGAGUAUUAUUUUUUUUUAAAUCAUAAAGGCUUUGCAAAUCCAUGAAGUUUAAACAAGGUAACUUUGGAAGAUGGACGUCUUGUUUAGAAAAUUAGACUCAUGCUUGACUGAAGAGGAAAUUGCACCACCUGCUGGUCUAGAUGGGUAGAAACCAGCGCUUGGAAAAUAAAGAAAGCUCUGUUAUUCUACCUGCGAUAGUUAAGGGUCUUUCAUUGAAAAAGUCUUAAUGGUUGAGCAACACUUUCACGUGUAUAAUAUAGUGAAGCUUUAUUUUUAUAACACGGUGAAAAUAUGCACUAUUUCUUUUUGGGGGGUGUAGUUGAAUAUUAUUAUUAUUAUUAUAAUAAAAAAAUAUAUAUAUAUAUAUAAUAAAACCCAAAUUCCAGAUUAAGAAUGUCAAUAAAAUAUCAAUUUAAUACAUUUCUUACAGACCUGGUGCAAAAUAAUCCCCAACAAAUAUGCAAAUAACAUUUUAAAAAAGCAUUGACUUUUUUUUUUCUUUUUCUAGUGUACAUUGAAAACUGAAAUUGAAGCUGUUUUUCUUUUUCUUUGUUUUUGUGGUGGAACAGUAUGCUGUGCUCGACCAAAAGGGAUACUGCAUCUUUAAAGUAGAACUAUAAUAGAAAACUGUCGAUCAAUAAAGCACUUUGUAAGGUUGCUGAAAACGCCUACUGUGGUACCCAUGCACAGUAUAGGGAUCUGCACACUAGCGUUUAAUGCCCUCAAUAAACCUACAACAGAAAUCCAGCUGCUUCUGAGUUAAGUACCAAGGCAGAACUACAUGAGAUACACUCUUCCCAGAUCUGUGGUCAUUUCCAUAUUUUAAAUGAAUUCCCUACAUUUCUAAUGGGAUUAUCUGGGGUGUUUUUUGGUUUUUGUUUUAUUUAUAUGUCGUACUCUUAAUUGUAUCCCGAAACACCUGAACAUCCAACCCUGAUGCCCCUGACAGGGGUGGGGUUUGAAUUCUGAGCUGAUAAUAUGGUCCAGUCAAUGGGACACUCAACUUCUACCUUGUGUGUUUAAACUAUUAGCUACCUGUUGUGGCUCGCAGCGUCCGACAGACUUGUGUAAUUGUACAGGGUAGGGUAUGGCUGUGCUGGUCCCACUAAAACACAGGUUUAGCUGAAGUAUUUCUGCCUUGGACUUUUCUGUUUUAAUAACGCUGUGUACUAACAAACAGGCUUUACUAAUACCGGUACCUGAAGAGGAGAGACAUUGAAAUCACACCAGAGAUCAACGUAAAACCACUUCUGUCUUUCUUCAAAACACAACUCGAGUACCAGAGAGUUUGUAUGUUAUCCCCUUCCGCCAUGUUUUCCAAGGCAAAGUAUUACUAGUGCAAUUCAGGCUAGGGAGGGUUAGGAUCUAAUCUUUACAGUUGUCUGUUAAGUUUGGCUUUUUUUUUCCACAUCUGUUUAAGAAUAAGCAAUAUUGUUAAAAAAAAGCCAGUUUUGCACAGCUUGCCAAACCCCUGGUAAAUACACUGUACUGUUGUCCUCCAUACUCCAGAUUUCUAACUGGGAGUGUGGCCACUAAGAUCAAACUAACACUGGAGCUAAACUGUAAGCAUUUGGUUUCUAUAUACGUAGCAGCCUUGACGGUUUAGAUGAAUCCUCCUAGCAAAUUAAGCUUAUACUUUACCUCUAGUGAUCCGGACAGGCUUAGCUGGAGUGAAGGGUCUGCACACUCCAGCAAUGCAUCUCUAUCCCCUGGAUUACAUUUCAAUUAUAAUGCUAUCCUUAUAACAACUUUUAAAAAAGUACCAAAAAAACAAUGCAUGAUGAGUUUGAGGUAUUGUAUAAAGCAAUUGCACACAGUGAUCACGGUAUCUGGCUACAAUACACUGUAUUUAAAAUGUAUUCCUAGGGUCUGUGUAUAGAGAAAAUGAAAGGGGAUUUAGCCCGGAGGGCUGCGUGUGUGCACAAAGAAUGCAUUAAAACAGGUGCUGCUUCUUAAUAGGGUCAAUAGCUGUGCGACUAAAUUAGUUUCAUAUUCAUUCCACACCGAUUUCAUAUGAAAGUCUGAUUUGUCCUGAACCGGCUCCGAGUGUGAGGAGUCGUCGUAUGAUGUAAGCUUUACAGCGGUACUUUGCAAAAUAAAAUAAAUAAAUAAUAAAAUUAGAAAAAGUAGUGCUGAAUUAAAGAUACUUCUAUGGGGGACUGGGUUACUGCCUCUUGUGUGUAUAAAUCUAGAUUCUAUACAGAGCAUACCUUCUCUAUGUUAAGUAUUCAUUUCAGGCGUAGUUCUGCUUCGUGUGUAAUAUAUUCUGUAUAGGUCUUUCCACUGAAAUGGAAAGCAGCACAUUGAUGAUUUAAGGUGACUGACUUCUUUUUUUAAUUUUUUUUUUUUUGUAAAUGGGGACAGUUCAGUUUUUCAACUUGCUUAAAACUGUAACACCUUCUGCCUUGAAAAGCCAAAUUAAUGUACAGUUCCUAUGUCUUUGUUUAAAAAGUUUAAAUAAAAGCGCCUUAGACCACUUGAAA